AUGGAGCCAGAGACAGUGCUGUGGGGCCCAGACGUGCAGGGGCCAGACCAGAGCCCGAGCCACACUGACGGAGGUGCCGAGAGUGGGGACGAGGAGGAGAGCGCCCAGCAGGAGAGCUCCACAGAGGAGGCCAUCCUGGAAGAUCCAGCCCAGAGCCCAGAGUUCAAGGACACCGCAGAGAUGCUCCCGGAGAGCCCCUCCCAGGAUCCCUCAGCCCCCCGGGACACCCCAAGCCCUCUGGGUCACUCCACCCCUUCGGACCCCUCAGCUCCCGAGGGUGUUCCUAUGCCGUCCGACUGGACCAAGGCCUGUGAGGCCAGCUGGCAGUGGGGGACGCUGCCCACGUGGAACAGCCCGCCGCCGGUGGUGGCCACCAGUGAGCCGAGCCUGCGGGAGCUGGUGCAGGGCCGCCCGGCCGGGGCCGAGAAGCCCUACAUCUGCAACGAAUGCGGCAAGAGCUUCAGCCAGUGGUCCAAGCUACUGCGGCACCAGCGCAUCCACACGGGCGAGCGGCCCAACACGUGCUCCGAGUGCGGCAAAAGCUUCACGCAGAGCUCGCACCUGGUACAGCACCAGCGCACGCACACCGGCGAGAAGCCCUACAAGUGCCCCGAUUGCGGCAAGUGCUUCAGCUGGAGCUCCAACCUGGUGCAGCACCAGCGCACGCACACGGGCGAGAAGCCCUACAAGUGCACCGAGUGCGAGAAGGCCUUCACGCAGAGCACCAACCUCAUCAAGCACCAGCGCUCACACACCGGCGAGAAGCCCUACAAGUGCGGGGAGUGCCGACGCGCCUUCUACCGCAGCUCUGACCUCAUCCAGCACCAGGCCACGCACACGGGCGAGAAGCCCUACAAGUGCCCCGAGUGCGGCAAGCGCUUCGGCCAGAACCACAAUCUCCUCAAGCACCAGAAGAUCCACGCUGGCGAGAAGCCCUACCGCUGCACCGAGUGCGGCAAGAGCUUCAUCCAGAGCUCGGAGCUGACUCAGCACCAGCGCACACACACGGGGGAGAAGCCCUAUGAGUGCCUCGAGUGCGGCAAGAGCUUCGGCCACAGCUCCACGCUCAUCAAGCACCAGCGCACGCACCUGCGUGAGGACCCCUUCAAGUGUCCCGUGUGCGGCAAGACCUUCACGCUGAGCGCCACGCUGCUGCGGCACCAGCGCACGCACACGGGCGAGCGGCCCUACAAGUGCCCCGAGUGCGGCAAGAGCUUCAGCGUGAGCUCCAACCUCAUCAACCACCAGCGCAUCCACCGCGGCGAGCGGCCGUACAUCUGCGCCGACUGCGGCAAGAGCUUCAUCAUGAGCUCCACCCUCAUCCGCCACCAGCGCAUCCACACCGGCGAGAAGCCCUACAAGUGCCCGGACUGCGGCAAGAGCUUCAUCCGCAGCUCACACCUCAUCCAGCACCGGCGCACGCACACCGGCGAGAAGCCCUACAAGUGUCCCGAGUGCGGCAAGAGCUUCAGCCAGAGCUCCAACCUCAUCACGCAUGUGCGCACACACAUGGACGAGAACUUAUUCGUGUGCUCUGACUGCGGCAAGGCCUUCCUGGAGGCCCACGAGCUGGAGCAGCACCGGGCCAUCCACGAGCGGGGCAAGACGCCUGCGCGGAGGGCGCAGGGCGAUAGCCUGCUGGGGCUUGGGGACCCCGCACUGCUGACGCCGCCGCCAGGGGCCAAGCCGCACAAGUGUUUGGUGUGCGGGAAGGGGUUCAACGACGAGGGCAUCUUCAUGCAACACCAGAGGAUCCACAUCGGGGAGAACCCCUACAAGAAUGCCGAUGGUCUCAGUACACCCCCAGCACCCAAGCCCCCCCAGUUCCGCUCACCCAGGCUCCCCUUCGGAGGCAACUCCUUCCAGGGGGCAGCGGAGGGCAGAGCUGAGCCCCCAGGACAGUCCUUGAAGACGCCCUCCGAGGGGCAGGAGAAGCCUGGCCAGAGGCUGUCCCCCAAGUCCUACAUCUGCUCGCACUGCGGGGAGAGCUUCCUGGAUCGGGCCGUGCUGGCGCAGCACCAGCUCACUCACGGCAGCGAGAAGCCUUUCCGGUUCCGCGACUACAGGACCGGCUUUGGUGACGGGCCGGGGCCCAGCCCCUUCCUGGGCGCCAAGCCCUUUAAGUGUCCUGAAUGCAAAAAAAGCUUUGGCCUCAGCUCCGAGCUGCUGCUGCACCAGAAGGUGCAUGCGGCUGCUGCCAAGGCUGCACGGAGCCCUGAGCGGAGCAAGGCCUCCUCCGUGCUGCUGGAGCACCUCAAGAGCCCGCUGGGAGCCAGGCCCUACAGCUGCUCCCAGUGCGGGGCCUCCUUCCCUGACCGCCUGGCCCUCGGCCGGCACCAGGAGACCCACAGUCCAGAAAAGCCUCCCUCAGCUGAGGACCCGUCUGAGUCCCAGCCCGAGCCUGAGGGUGAGCCAGCUGCCUCGCCCACUGGCCAGGAAGGUGAAGGUGAGGGAGAGGCCUCCGCCCCCGCAGAGAGCAGCAGGCCAGGGGAAGGGAGCAGCUCGGGCACACGCCCCGCGGAGAAGCCCUACCUGUGCCCAGAGUGUGGCGAUGGCUUCGACGAAGUUGCAGCCUUGCUCCUGCACAGGAGCUGCCACCCGGGCAUCUCCCCGUGAUGUUGCCUGAGCCCUGGGGCCUCUCUUUCCUUCUUCCCCACCCCCAGGAGAGGGACACUGGAUCCCCACCCCUUACAGAAGGGGUACAGGGAGAGGAAGGGCAACCCCCAAUAGACUGGAAGCAGUGGAGAAGAGCGAGUUCUGGGGGGAGGGAGGCCGUACUGUCACCUCUGCCGUGAGAAAUCCUAAUGAAGUCGUUGGUGGGAAUCGCUCCAUGAGGCAGUAGAGAAAAACUGUCAGGUUAGAAACCCUAUAAAUAUGUAGGAAAAACAAACAAGCCCUUUAAGACUGUAGCAGAAAAAACCCCUAUAAAUCAUAGUGGAUAAAAGCCCUAUUAAUUGUAGGCAGAAGUCCUCAAUAUGUCUCUAGGCAGCCCUAUAAAACUGUAUCCAAAUCCUCAUGUAAUGCCCAUAGGGCCAGAGAAGUACAGGGAAUGCAGCGAUGACGCUGGCUUGGGAGCUGUGACCCCCCUCCCCCCGAGAAGCCGUGGAAGAAUCGCUUCAAUACCCUAGCUCCACAGAGUCCUGCAUUCCCCCUCCCCUGCCAGGGGUGUGUCGGAGGGACCCUGGGGCAAGGGUGGGACUGCACCAACCCGGGAGACAACAGGUCAGAGGGGAGAAGUGAUGAGGCCUCCAGACAGGUGCAGGAGAAAGCCCAGCUCUUUGCAUUGGGAACGCCUUGGGGUCCAAGGCCAGUCCUGUGUGUUUGAGGGGGUCAGAUCCAAUCCCUUAGCAGGAAGAACUCCCGACGUGGCGAAGGGAAGACGAAAAGUGUUAGGCCCUAAUGCAGGCUGAACUUUGGGGGUGGGGUGAGAAUACUAAGAAAGCACCACCAAAAUGUGGCUGCUGGGGCUGGGGAAACCACCCAGCCAGCUGCAGGCCAGUCUGUCCCACGGCCAGGGAACUUGGGAAGCUGCAGGUCCUCCCCGAGCCAGGCUGCGCUGCCCUUGGCCCUGCCCAUCCAUACAGGUCUACCCCGAGGCGCCUCCGAGGGAUGGAGGCUGCUCCGGCCACUUUCUCAGGUCAGGAGGUUUCUCCUGGACUCUUAACUGCCACCACGUCCCGCUGCUGUGGCAGCCUUUUGCCUCGCACUCUGUCCUCAGUGGAGAGGGGAGCUGCUGCUAAGACAACCUCCAAAGAAUCAAGCCCCCCCGCAGGCACCUGCCAGUGGCGUGUGGGGAGGUCCCUCCCCGCUCUCACCUCUCUUCCAGGUCAGCCAUAGCCACCCCACACCACACACCAGCCUUCUAUGAGGCCACCCAGGGACGAAGGGUGGACAGAGUGCCUGGAAUCGCCAGCAACCCGCUUUGCAACCUCAGCCGUUCACUGGGAGCUGGUGGCCAGGCCGCCCUCAGCACGAGCCAGCCCAUAUGCUGGGGAGGCACCUGACACCCUACAGACUGGACUCCAGAUCCCUGGAGAAUCCACAGACGCCCGCCACCCUCGUCACCGUGGUAUUGAAGCCCUCUGGGGUGGCAGUGACCCAGCCCGAUCGUGGCCUCGGAAGCGACAGGUUGCCACCCAGCUGGCUUCUGCUUCCUCAUCCAGAAACCUCCGGAGGGAAGUGUGAGCCUCGGUCCCCUCCCAUGCCCACCUCCCCUUGUCGCUGGCCACACACAGUUAUAAACCCAGCCUGCUCCACCCACGGGACUGGGGGCGUCCCUGGAAACUGGUCGAAGAGAGAAAGCUUGGGGGAACUGUGUGACGGGCCCUGAGUCCCAACCCUGGGGACCCUGUGGCUGGGGACUCUGACUCUAUACUGGGUCAUGAAGGGCAGUGUCAUGAACCCUACA